CAGAGAGAUGAUGAAAGAUCUGCAAAAAUGAAAGAGCUCAACGAUUGGCUUCCAAUCACAUCUAAUAGGACUGCAAAGUGGUGGUUCUCCGCCUUCCACAAUGUCACUGCCAUGGUUGGUGCCGGUGUGCUCGGCCUCCCUUAUGCCAUGUCUCAGCUUGGAUGGGGUCCUGGUGUGACUGUAAUGAUUUUGUCAUGGAUCAUCACUCUAUACACCCUGUGGCAAAUGGUGGAGAUGCAUGAAAUGGUGCCCGGAAAGCGGUUCGACAGGUACCAUGAAUUAGGGCAGCAUGCAUUUGGUGAGAAGCUAGGUCUAUGGGUGGUGGUGCCACAACAGUUGACGGUGGAAAUUGGUGUGAACAUAGUGUACAUGGUGACUGGCGGCAAAUCGCUCAAGAAGUUCCAUGACACAGUGUGCCCUAGCUGCCAACCCAUCAGAACCACAUACUUCAUCCUCAUCUUUGCCAGUGUUCACCUCGUUCUCUCUCAUCUUCCCAGUUUCAACUCCAUCACUGUUAUCUCUGUUGCUGCUGCUGUCAUGUCCUUGAGUUAUUCAACUAUAGCUUGGGUAGCUUCCAUCCACAGAGGGGUUCUACCAGAUGUGCAGUACACCCCAAGGGCAUCAACACAGGCAGGAAGAGUGUUCCAAUUCUUGAGUGGCCUGGGAGACGUUGCGUUCGCCUUUGCCGGUCACAACGUGGUCUUGGAGAUCCAGGCAACAAUACCUUCCACACCCGAGAAUCCAUCCAAGAAGCCUAUGUGGAAAGGCGUGGUGGUGGCGUACGUGGUGGUGGCCUUGUGUUACUGGCCAGUCAGUAUGAUUGGUUACUGGAUAUUUGGGAACAAAGUGGAGGACAAUGUCCUCAUUUCACUAGAGAAACCUGCUUGGCUUGUUGCAGCUGCUAACAUGUUUGUUGUCAUCCAUGUCAUUGGCAGCUACCAAGUUUUUGCACAGCCAGUUUUCGACAUGGUUGAAUCUUUUCUGGUGCUGCAAAUGAAUUUCAAGCCGAGUAAAAUGCUACGCUUUAUAACGCGCACCAUUUAUGUUUUGUUCACAAUGAUCAUUGGCAUGACAUUCCCUUUCUUUGGUGGCCUUCUAGGCUUCUUUGGAGGCUUUGCUUUUGCUCCAACAUCAUAUUAUCUUCCUUGUAUCAUUUGGCUUGCCAUCUACAAACCUAAAAGGUUUGGCCUUUCUUGGUUCGCAAAUUGGAUAUGCAUCAUACUUGGAGUCUUAUUGACGGUUUUAGCACCUAUCGGUGCGUUGAGGCAGAUCAUAUUGCAAGCCAAGGAGUACCAGUUCUACUCUUGA